CGUGAACGCACACUGUGCUGUGUAUAAGAUACACAGAGGAUCGAGAGCCUUGACCCGCCCUGCAGACUAACGUGGAGUUAAUGGCGCCGGAGCGGAACCAGCACGGCAGCAGUUGGGCCUGGGCUAGGCCAUGGCCGUCGGCGUUAAUGCUGCUGCUGGUACUGCUAGCAUUGGGCGGCGUGGAGGCCCUGAGCCUGGAGCACUACCGGCAGAGCUGCCCCAAGGCAGAGGCUGCGGUGACGGCGGCGGUGAAGCAGGCCAUGAGCAGCGACCACACCGUGCCGGCCGCCCUGCUCCGCUUGCAUUUCCACGACUGCUUCGUCAGGAGCUGCGACGCCUCCGUCCUCCUCGACUCCACCUCCAAGUCCAAAGCGUCGGAGAAGGACGGCGCUCCCAACGCGUCGCUGCACGCCUUGUACGUCAUCGACAACGCCAAGCGCGCCGUCGAGUCCCUCUGCCCGGCCGUCGUCUCCUGCGCCGACAUCAUCGCCCUCGCCGCCAGGGACGCCGUCUCCCUCUCCGGCGGGCCGUCCUGGGCCCUCCCGCUGGGCCGCAAGGACGGCCGGGUCUCCCUCGCCAGCGACGCCGCCGCAUCCCUCCCGGCCCCCACGGCGCGCUUCGAGCAGCUCAAGCAGGCGUUCAACGCGCGCGGGCUGUCCGUCAAGGACCUGGUGGCGCUCUCCGGCGCCCACACGCUCGGCUCCGCGCACUGCUCCUCCUUCCAGGACCGCAUCGCCAGCCCGGCCCUGCGCCCGUCCUUCGCCAAGGCGCUCCGCAGGGCGUGCCCGGCCAACAACACGGACGCCGCCGCCGGAUGGGCCUUCGACUCCUCCACGCCCAAGGCCAAGGCCAGCUUCGACAAUGGCUACUUCCGGAUGCUGCAGAGCGGCCGGGGCCUGCUGACCUCCGACGAGGCGCUGCUCACGCACCCCAAGACGCGCGCGUUCGUGGCGCUGUACGCGGCGUCGCAGGACGAGUUCUUCAGGGACUUCGUCGCCUCCAUGCUCAGGAUGAGCGCGCUCAACGAUCCCGCCGGCGAGGUCCGGGCACACUGCAGGCGACGCAACAGCUCAUGAUCCCAGCUGUAUCUCUCAAGAAUCUCAAUCAAGCAAGGAAUUUCCGAGUUUUUUCUAUCCAGGAUGAGGACGUGGAUAAUCUCCUUUCUCGCAAAAAAAAGAACAAAUACGACGCGUGAUUACUUUGUUGUUG